CGCCUGUAGUACGUCAUCGCGAAGCGCGGAAAGAACAGAGGAUUGGCGGUCUGGUUAUCACCAACAACGCAAAGCUUUUAGGCUACAUCUGACUGCUUUUUUUCAAAAGGAAACCAGGAAAUGACAACACCCAACAAAACUCCCCCAGGCGCUGAUCCUAACCAGCUGAAAAGGACUGGCACUGUUCGAGAAAUAGGCUCACAAGCUGUUUGGUCUUUGUCAUCCUGUAAACCAGGGUUUGGAGUUGAUCAGUUACGAGAUGACAAUUUAGAAACCUACUGGCAGUCAGAUGGAUCACAGCCUCAUUUAGUCAACAUCCAGUUUCGAAGGAAGACAACCGUUAAAGCUUUGUGCGUUUAUGCUGAUUACAAAUCAGAUGAGAGUUAUACUCCAAGUAAAAUAUCCGUCCGAGUGGGAAAUAACUUUCACAACCUCCAAGAGAUUCGGCAACUGGAACUGGUGGAACCUAGCGGAUGGAUACAUGUUCCUCUAACUGAUGCCCAUAAAAAGCCAAUUCGGACCUUUAUGAUUCAGAUUGCUGUUUUGGCCAACCAUCAGAAUGGGAGAGAUACUCACAUGAGGCAAAUCAAAGUGUUUACACCAGUAGAAGAAAGCUCAAUUGGCAGGUUUCCCAGAUGUACCACCAUUGAUUUUAUGAUGCAUCGCUUCAUCAGGUGAUUGAAGUCUUAUCAGGAUCAAUAAAAGGCUUCCACACCCUCUGCUCAAAUGUGAACACUUUUAGCACUUCGGGUUUUUUUUAUUUAAGAAAUAUUUUACUUUGUUAUUAACCGUUAUUUUUAAUUCUUAACAUCACAGUUACCUGUUAAGACAUAUUAAUGGAGAAUGUGAUAAUUAUGUAUAUUUUAUCUCAGCCCACACUUUCAAUGUUAUGUUCGUGUUUAAUAAAUGUUUUAACCUUUUUUUUUAAAUAAAAGUUAAAUAUUUACAUUUUCAAA